AUGUAUCAUCUCUCAAACAGCUUAAAGUACGUUAGAGAACGACUUGAAAGCAAAGAGGCGCUCUCGGACUCGACGAUGGGCAUCGUAAUGUCACUCAUCACGCAAGAGCAGUGCAGGCAGCAGCACGAAGCGGCCAACAUUCACAUGGACGGGCUCGCGCAGAUGAUCGAGCUCAGAGGUGGUCUGGAGUCGUUAGAAGGCUGCUUGCCGGUGCUGCUGAAAGCUUGCAAAACAGAUCUCAUGUUCACCCUCCAACGCGAAGAAACACCACGCUUCCACCGCUCCCGCAUGCCCCAAAUCAUCUCCACCCUACACGCCCUAGACCUUCCCUUCGACCGCGAAGCAGCGCAAAAGCACGUUCAGCAUCUCGAUCUAGACGCCGCCCUCCUCGAUGUCCUCCUGGAUAUCAUAUGCACGUCCGUGCUCUUCAAUGACCCCCCUUCCGCACGCAAAGUAGAUCUCUACCUGUUCCAGGAACUCCUCGUGACCGUCUGUUACCGCCUGCUCGCCAUCCCGCAUACGCAUUCUCCGCCGAGAAUAGAGGACGCGUACCACAUUGGUCUUACGCUGUUUAUGAUGGAGCUUUUCCUACAGGUCGGUAAGCAGCGCGUGAUGAGUUACGAUAAUGUAACGAGAAGGCUGAGGAGGGUACUCGAGAGCGACGUGCUAGAGGGCGAGGGUGAGCUGAGAUUCUGGCUGUUGAUGCUCGGCGGUGUGUGGAUCUCGGACGACGAGGACGCGGAAUGGCUUCUGCCGAAGAUGUUUGCCCAAACGAGGAAGAUGAGAUUACGGAGUUGGAGUGAUGCGAGGGAGGUGUUGGAGAGGUGGCCCUGGAUCGGAGCAUUGCAUGACGGACCUGGGAAGAUGGUUUGGGAGAGGGCGAGGUGCGAAUAA